AUGACCCUCGAAGAACGACAGGAGAAGAUCAUGGAUUUCACAGGAGCACUCGAGUGCUUCGUGUCUACAGCUAGCCCUGCUGCACGCAAGGGUUGUGAGCAGUCCUUUCGCAGCGCUGCUGCAGACUUCCUCCUACAAUUGAAGCCAAAGGCGGUGGCCACUGUGUGCCUCCAGAGACAGCGGCCGAAGCGGCACUUCGCCUUGAGCCGUUUGUGGCGCUUGCUUCGGCACCUCUCGCCUAUGGAGCGGCGGCGCUUCAUCGUGGAGCGCCUGAGCGAGGAAGAGAGGCAAGAGCUGGAGCAAUGGAUCCUGGCUGAACGCACUCGACAAGGUGCGAGUUUGCCCACGGGCUUCUCCACUCGAAGCCUUUGCCGCUGGAAGGGCCGAAAGGUUGGCUAUCGCCCGAUCCUACAUUUGCAUGACAGUCUCUAUGCACAGGCUGCCUUCACCUUUGAUUUGGCCUGUGCCAUCCGCAUGUUGGGCAUUUUGCUGGCCAUGCGGGCGGCGGCAGAGGAAGCAAUGACCACGGAGAAGAUGCUCGCAUCGUUGUCAGCAGUCAUGCAAGACGGAUGUGCCAGCCGCUUCUAUUUCAAGACGCGGGUCAAAGUGGGGCACGGCCGCGAGGUGGCGACCCCCGCGCGCCGGAACCUGCCACUGGCGUUGAAAGACUGGAGCGCGGCGCAGCUCUUGCGAGCCGAGGCAUCAUUUGGGCGUGCCGACCGCGCGACUCGAGAAGCUUUGGAGCACUUGUGGCAGCAGAAGAGGGCCAACCCCUUGCGCUUUGGCCCACAAAGCAGCCAAAAGCAGAAGAGGCGCCGGUCCAGGUGCAUCACGCUCAAAGGUGUGAGGGCAGAGUCUCAGAAGGUGGAUGCAUCAGUCACCAGUUGUGACGUGAUGAUGUAG